AUGUCAAUUGCUUUCUGGACAGUGCCGCAUGGGGACCAGAUUUGGUUAAAAGAAGAAGCCCGACAACUGAGGUUCCAAGCCCGACGACAGAUGUUCCAAGCCCGACAACUGAGGUUCCAACCCCGACAACUGGGGUUUCAACCCCGACAAUUGAGGUUCCAAGCCCGACAACUGAGGUUCAAAGCCCGACAACUGAGGUUCCAAUCCCGACAACUGAGGAUCCAAACCCAACAACUGAGGUUUCAACCCCGACAACUGAGGAUCCAAGCCCGACACCUGAGGAUCCAAGCCAGACAACUGAGCUUCCAAGCCCGACAACUGAGGUGCCAGGCCCCUCAACUGUGGUUGCUGAUACGACAGCUGUCGUUCCAAGUACCACAACUGGCGUUCCAAGCACCACAACUGGCGUUCCAAGUACCACAACUGGCGUUCCAAGCACCACAACUGGCGUUCCAAGUACCACAACUGGCGUUCCAAGUACCACAACUGGCGUUCCAAGCACCACAACUGGCAUUUCAAGCACCACAACUGGCAUUCCAAGCACCACAACUGGCAUUCCAAGCACCACAACUGGCGUUCAAAGCACCACAAAGGUCUCUCCAGGCAUCACAACUGGCGUUCCAGACACAUUCACUUCGACUGCAAAAGAAACUACAACGGCCAAUGGUUCAACUCAUGUUGCAGUAAAUUGGGUUUGCCUCGGUUUUCUUGUGGCGAUGUGGACGGGAGCUAGUAUUUACGGUGAAGCACAUUGAACAGUCG